GGAAAUCGUUCUAGACAUUUCCCUCGCUCGCUCACUCACUCACUCACUCUCGUCAGUUCUCAACCCUAAAAUUCACCAAUUCCUUCGUUUCUCGUCUCCAUGAUAAUCCAGAAACAACAAUUCUCAUAAAUAUUGCGGAAAAUAACGAGAACAAAUUUGUUUUUUCCGCAAUUUAUCAUCUAUUUCAUUAUUGUCGCAAUUCGCACUCUCAUCAGACGAAAUGCUGAAUGCAUGAAUUGGUGCCUGACACAAUAAUGAAUUAUUAACCAUAAAAGGCUCACCAAGAACAGCACUGAAGAUUGGGAGAUGUCUUUGUGCCACAGGAUGGUUUGAAUGAAAGUGUGUUUUUGGAUUUGGUUAGAGGUGCUGGUUGUGGCAGUAGGCUUUGCAAUGCAGAAUGGAUUUCAUUUUAGAGGAAAAGGAUGCAAGUGAUUGGAGUUACAGAGGGGAAGGAGCAGUUAAUCUUGUUCUUGCAUACACUGGAUCUUCUCCUGCCUUUAGUGGGAAAAUAAUACGGGUGCAGAAAGUUGUGAGGAAUGGGUCGAUAGAAGAGACCGAACGCUCAGCUUUGUCCAAGCAUGAAUGCAUCUUAUGGAAAGAUGCUGGGUCUAUUGUUACAUCCCCAAACAGGGAGAUUGCGGAGCAGAUGUAUGUGCAAUGUGUGAUGAUCCCUCUGUUAGGAUCAGAGUUUGUCGAUCCUGGGGUGCGGAUACUUGUGUCAAGGGGAUUUCUGGAGUCAGUUGAAAGAAAUACUCUCUCCCAGCGUCCUGGUUGGAGAGUUAAUGCUGCCAAAGUUGAUUGUUAUGCUGAUUCUGUGAUGCUAAUGUCAGAUCAUUCAGUAUUCCCCCAAGGCAUAUCUGAAGGAGCACCAUGCAUAUCCGUGGAGAUUAAGCCCAAGUGUGGAUUUCUUCCAUCUUCAAGCUUUAUAACUGAUGAAAAUACCAUCAAGAAGAAUGUAACUCGUUUCAAAAUGCACCAAGUCCUCAAAUUGCAACAACUCAAGGUAGCUGUCAGUUAUCGAUUGACAUAUUCUUUUUCAAAAGAGAUACUAUCAUUUAAUCAACUUAUACAACAGUUGAGUGAGUAUGAUCCAUUGGAUUUAUUCUCCGGAUCAAAGGAUCAAAUACAUGAAGCACUUAAGGCUCUCAUUGCAACUCCGCAGAAUAAUCUGCGGGUUUUUCUAAAUGGUUCCUUAAUUUAUGGAGACCUUGGGGGCAUGAAAUUUGUCGAAAUUGAAGCAUUUGAAGAUCACCUAAAAUCUUUUAUACAUGAAGAAAAUGGUAUGCAUACAAGGAGGUUUGUGCAUCUUGUAGGAGAGGCAAUACUCAAAUUAGGUGUACUAGACAGGCUACUUGAAGUCCAAAAGCUUGACAAAAUUGAUAUAGAAGGAGCAAUUCAUGCUUAUUAUGAUAUUGUUUCCCAGCCUUGCAAGUUAUGUAGAAAUUCCGGUGAAAACCAGCAAUUUGGAAAAUACAGCUCUCUACAUUCCAUUCCUGUAGAUGAAAGUCUGAAGAUUGUAAGGGACUACUUGAUAGCUGCAACAGCCAAGGACUGUAGUUUGAUGAUUAGUUUCCGUCCAAGGGAAGAUGAUCAUCCAGAAUCCCAUUAUAGAACCAUAUAUCUGGACUCAACAAAGCAACGGUUCGAUGUCAAGGCAUUUUUUAUCGACCUUGAUAUGAAACCCCUGAAUAAAAUGGAAGUUUACUAUGAACUGGAUCAGAAGAUAGUCAACUGUUACAAACAGAAGCUCAAAUUAGAACGUGGAGCUGCAAAUAAGGGAACUAUUGAGGGGUAUGAAGCUGGAAAUUGAGAUUGAAUAUGACUUUCUUAAUAAAUGGUUUUUCUUGGUAGAGAUUGUGGAGGAUUGCACAGUUAGAUUCAAACCGUGACAUUACUUGCCAAAUUGUCCGGUAAAGCAGCUAUAACCUCGUUCAAUCUUUAAGUAAAUGUUAAUAUUAGACAUGCUCGUAUUUAUAAUUUAAGACUAUAUAUGACAAUAGUUGUCUAUUCGUUGUA